CCCCUCCCUCCCUGGCGCUGCUUGUGUGCUGCUUACUUUGUACAGUGAAGAAACACUCAGCCCAUGUGCUCUGUAUGGAUGUUGGUGAUCCCCUUCUGUGCGCCUUGAUUCUCUGCAAGCAGGCAAGAUGUCCAGCACACCACAUGACCCUUUCUAUUCUUCUCCUUUUGGCCCCUUCUAUAGGAGACACACACCAUACAUGGUGCAACCGGAGUACCGAAUCUAUGAAAUGAACAAGAGGCUGCAGUCUCGCACGGAGGACAGUGACAACCUUUGGUGGGAUGCCUUUGCCACAGAAUUUUUUGAAGAUGAUGCAACCUUAACUCUUUCGUUUUGUUUGGAAGAUGGACCAAAGCGAUACACAAUUGGAAGGACCCUCAUUCCUCGUUAUUUUAGCACUGUCUUUGAAGGAGGUGUGACAGACCUGUAUUACAUCCUCAAGCACUCAAAAGAAUCAUACCACAACUCCUCCAUCACAGUGGAUUGUGAUCAAUGCACCAUGGUCACUCAGCAUGGAAAACCUAUGUUUACAAAGGUGUGCACAGAAGGACGUCUUAUCUUGGAAUUUACCUUUGAUGACCUUAUGAGAAUAAAAACAUGGCACUUUACCAUUAGACAAUACAGAGAGUUAGUCCCUCGCAGUAUUUUAGCCAUGCAUGCGCAAGACCCUCAGGUGCUGGAGCAGCUGUCCAAAAACAUCACUCGUAUGGGUCUGACUAAUUUCACCCUCAACUACCUCAGGUUGUGUGUAAUAUUGGAGCCAAUGCAAGAGUUGAUGUCAAGGCAUAAAACGUAUAAUUUAAGUCCUCGGGAUUGCCUAAAAACAUGCUUGUUUCAAAAAUGGCAACGGAUGGUGGCACCUCCAGCAGAGCCCACAAGACAGCCGACAACCAAACGGAGGAAAAGGAAAAAUUCAACCAGCAGCACUUCCAAUAGUAGUGCCGGGAACAAUGCAAACAGCACCAACAGCAAGAAAAAAUCAGCCGCUGCAAACCUGAGUCUUUCAAGUCAGGUACCUGAUGUGAUGGUGGUCGGGGAGCCAACUCUGAUGGGAGGAGAAUUUGGUGACGAAGAUGAACGGCUCAUCACCAGGCUAGAGAACACGCAAUAUGAUGCAGCAAACGGCAUGGACGAUGAUGAAGACUUCAACAAUUCACCUGCACUGGGGAACAACAGCCCAUGGAACAGUAAACCUCCUACUAACCAGGAGACUAAGUCCGAAAACCCAACACCGCAGACUUCCCAAUAAGUUAUCUGAAGCUUCAUCCACUGUUGCUUAUAACAGCAGGUUACAAUUACUAUCUCACAGCAUUCUUUACAAAAAAAAAAACCACCUCCCAGUUUUCCACAGAUAUAAAAGCUAUUUCUAGAUGUACAGCUAUCUUUUCUUUUUCUUUUUCUUUUCCUUAAGUUAGAAAAAUAAUUUAUAAGCUUCUGGGUUGGAAGCUCUUGCACAUGACAUGAUAGGCUGGCACUGACCUCAAUGAAAAGAACUAAAUAUGUAAGUAACAAUCUCAUGACAAUUUCUAAAUACCAUUUCAGUAGUUUUUCAAGAUUUCCCCAUACCAUGAUUCCUUUAUCCUAUAAAGGCCAUAUCUCACAGACCACCAGUGCUCAGGAUCAAUGGUAGGUCCUGGGUUGCAUUUUUCCUAGAACAUAACAAAACAGUUCCAAGUUUUUCAACUUUUAAUUUCUCUCCAUGCAGUUUCUUUGCCCAGUGAAGCAUUUCAAAGGGAGGGAACCAGAGAGGAGAGAACAACCACCGAAGAAAUCACAUAGCCCAAUAGGUAUUGCAAAUGAGAUCCAUGUGAACAACAAUCCAGUAGUGAGGAUUAUUAAAAAUAUUUCCAUAAAGCCUUCUACUUGUACCAAUACGAGCUUUAUUCGUAAUUACAAACUGAAACACACACUGCUUGCCAUAAAGGACAGUUCUUACAAUUAAAAACCCUUUAAUGUUACAAGGCCAGCAAUAUUGUCUGUUUCUUAUGGCUCCCAUCCAAGAGAGUACACGCAGAGCUGCCAGAGCAGCAUGCAUAGCCUUUAAAAAAAACUCUGUUUGACCAGGAGCUGGGGUGGGGUGGGUCCAGCCCUUCCAAAUAGCUAGCUGUGACCUUUCAAACUCCAUCAGUGGCCUAUAUGCACGCAACUCAGCCUGCUGGAUUAGGAAGGGGAGCUGCUCAUUCAGCAUUUGAUUGUGCACAGGCAUACCCAGCCAUCUAAGGAUAUAAGUGCAUCUAGUGCUUAGCUAGAUAGGGGCAUACGUUUUUUAUAGUUGCUCCUGAAGAAAGGGUUCUGCCCUGCUGGAUUGCAGCAUCCCUUCCUAGUGAACUUGUUUCCACCACUCAUUGGUGCUGCCCUCCAUUUUUCCUUCUAGCCAUUUUAAGGGCCCACUGGUUUACAUCUGACAUUGGAAUUGAUUCCAGUUACAAGUCCUCGUAGUCAUCAAAAGCACUGAGCUCACUAAAAAUGUGGGUUUUCCCCCCCAUCAAAGACAUAAUAAAUAUUUUUAUCUGGGGAAAGGCACCCAAAUUCCAAUGAAAGUUUAUGCUUUGUAAAAUUGCUGUUGAUCUGGAUUUUGAAAGCCAUGUAAUCCAUCCAUUUUGUGAGCAAUUCAAAUUAAUGAAGGCUAACUUUUUUUGUGUUUUAUUGUAUCCCAGGUUUAUUUUGUUCUUUCUUUUCACUCUAUAUUUCUUGUAUAAUACUUUUGUAAAGCCCUCAAAACCAAUUAAUUCUUUGAUUCCAGUAUAUUUAUGUGAAACUUUAUAAAAUAAACUAAUUUUUUCAUUUGCAUAUUAAUAUGUUCAACUCAUCAUGUAAAAAAAUACAGUGAGUCGGUGUGUUAUAUGAUACAACUGUAUUUUAUGUAUGCUUUGCCAAUACGUGUGCCAAUAAACUGUGUUAACAGAG